GUCACUGAUCGUAAAAGCUUGGUGUCUUUGGAACUUUAUAUUGUGCAAGAUGUGUAUUACAAUAUGCUGACAGUGUCUCCUCGUGACAUAAAUAGUGAGGUGACAAUGAUGUAGAAUUUUAUUCAACAUAAACGUUCCUGGUGCAAUGUUGAAGGUGAGCGCCAUCCUUCUCUUGAUAUCGGCGUGGUGCAUUGUUGUGAGUGAUGCCACCGACGUAGUAAGCGACGUAAUAAGGGAGCCAAGAUGUCAAGAAAUAUCAAUACCGAUGUGCAAAGGCAUCGGAUACAACAUGACGGCCAUGCCGAAUCAGUUCAAUCAUGAGACUCAAGACGAGGCUGGCAUGGAAGUGCACCAGUUCUGGCCUCUUGUUGAGAUAAAUUGUUCACCAGAUUUGAAUUUUUUCUUGUGUUCAGUAUACGCGCCAAUAUGCAUUGAAUAUUACGACAAACAGUUGCCCGCUUGCCGCAGCGUAUGUGAACGCGCCAAGGCUGGUUGUGCUCCAAUUAUGGAUCAGUAUGGAUUUGCCUGGCCAGAGCGCAUGGAUUGCACGAAGUUACCAAGGUUCGGCGACCACGAAAACUUAUGUAUGGAUGAACGGAACGGGUCGGCCCCUAACCUGCAACCUAAGAAGGAGUCGUGCUCGUGCCUCCAUCCCUUGGUUCAGGUAGACCCGACUUACCGAGAGGUAGGUCGAUAUCGCAACAUAUCACCCAGCGUAGCCGGUGUCGAAGGCUGCACCAUUCCGUGCAAGGGAGUCCACUUCUCGGACCGAGAACGAGCUUUUGCCGAUGUCUGGAUAUCGACUGUGGCUGUGAUAUGCUGUGUGUCCACGCUCAUGACGAUGACGACAUUCUUGAUCGACAUGGAACGCUUCAAGUACCCCGAAAGACCAAUCAUUUUCUUAGGUGGCUGCUACUUCAUGGUAUCAUUAGGCUACAUCAUCCGUUUGGCGGCCGGUCAUGAUGCCGUCGCUUGUGAUGGAUCCAUCAUCAUUUAUAACUACCAGCUGAUCCGUUACAACGAGUACGGCUCAGGGCUGUGCACCACAGUCUUCCUAUUGAUCUACUUCUUCGGGAUGGCUUCAAGCAUCUGGUGGGUGGUGUUGGCUUUCACGUGGUUCCUAGCAGCGGGUCUCAAGUGGGGCAACGAAGCCAUCUCGAGUUAUUCAACGUGGUUUCACGUAGCAGCGUGGCUUAUACCCACCCUCCAAACGAUCGCGGUACUCACCAUGGCAGCCGUGGAUGGAGAACCAGUCGCUGGGAUCUGCUUCGUCGGGAAUUUAGACGCCAGAAACCUGCUAGGUUUUGUUCUCAUCCCUCUAUUCAUUUACCUCGUGCUAGGCUCUUGUUUUUUACUGGCGGGGUUUGUGAGUUUAUUUCGAAUUAGGAAAGUAAUCAAACAACAAGGUAGGUCCAGAACUGAAAAACUGGAGAAACUUAUGAUAAGAAUUGGUGUAUUCAGUGUGUUGUACACGGUGCCGGCGACUGUGGUGAUAUGUUGCUACUUCUACGAGCAUGCGUACUUGGAUGCGUGGCAAGAAGCCCUCGCUUGUCCCAACAGUGCGCACAAAGGCACAGGUCCUGACGCCUCGGUGCUAAUGCUGCGAUAUUUCAUGUCGCUCGUGGUCGGCAUCACGUCGGGCUUUUGGAUCUGGUCGAGCAAAACCCUAGAGUCUUGGCGCAGGUUCUACCAGCGAGUGUGCAGCAGUAACAGGGGACACACCUACGAAUGUCCCUCCAGGCUCCCCAAGGAGGGGAGUCUUGAGCCGCCCCCUGCCUAUCCUGCCGCCUCAGCCAAUCCCCACGCCUCCAGCGUCGUCUCUCAUUUUGGGUCCGUCAACAAAACUUUGCCGCUGACUCAUGUAUGACAAGAAGACCCCGAAUCCGUUGGUGGUCGCCCACAAAUCGCCGCUCGAAGCCACCUCGUAGCUGCUAAUUAUGUCAGUACAGCCGAUGUUAUUCUUGAGAAAGGCGCGCGGAGUAACUUGUAAUAAAUAACAAUUUAACUUGUAAUAUAUAACAAAGUAAGUUGUGUCAUGUCUGAA